UUGUAUCAGAAUUCCAAAGUGUAUUGUUUUCUAAUCACUAAAUGGAAAACCAUUUGGAGUUUAUUUUUUAAUACAGAUUGUCUUUUUGUAAACAAUAUCUAUAACAAAAAAAAAUACAAUAAAUGUAGCUCUCCUAUAAAUAACACCUCACUCGUGUAUACACACAUAUGCCUUUUAAUUGAAACGCACCACAAAUAGAACAAAGAACCCCACACACACACCAAUGGAACCAAAGCUAACCCAUCUUUGUUAUUGCCUUCUACUUUUUCUUCCACUACUCUGCCAAUCCACCAUAGCCAAACCUUCAUCAUCACCAAACCCUAGCAGCAGCAUCAACUUCAUUGUCUCAUCAUGCCGCGUCACGCGUUACCAAACUCUCUGCGUCAAAUGCCUUGCCGCUUUUGCAGACAAAAUCCGCCGCAACGAAAACCAGUUAGCUCAAACCGCUUUAGCCGUUACUCUAGUCCGGGUUCAGUCCACGACAAUCUAUGUAGGGAAGCUGACUAAAGCUAGGAGAAUCAAAAGGAGAGAGUACUUAGCCGUGAAGGAUUGUGUUGAAAAUCUUGGAGACGGUUUAGAGAUGUUGGCUCAGUCGAUGAGGGAGUUGAAGCAAGUUGGUCGAUCUGGUCGUGAUCGAGACGAGUUCUUGUGGAGACUAAGUAACGUUGAGACUUGGGUUAGUGCUGCCUUAACGGAUGAGACAACGUGUCUGGAUGGGUUCGAUGGAAAGGUUAUGGACGGUGUGGUAAAAUCAGCGAUUAGAAGAAGAGUGGUUCAUGUGGCUCGAGUUACUAGUAAUGCAUUGGCUCUUGUAAACCGGUUCGCGGCUAGGCAUAAGUCAUAGAAUAUUCGGCUAAUAAAUUAAAAUUCGGUCCUUAAUAAGGUUUUGUCAUGUAUUUUCUUUUUUGUCCUAGUGGGUGAUUUGUUUCUUUAUGAUACUUUGUAUUUAUGUGUAGGCUUGGGAUGUUUAUGCUUUUGUCAUGGUUUCGACUAGAGAUAACGAUGAUUUUAACGGGUUUAUGGAGAAAAAGAAUUGGCCACAAAAAUUGGAUGAGCUCCUACAUUUCAAUAUAGUUACGGUCUCGGAUAUAAGCAAUGGAUGGCCACAAUAAUGUUUACCAUUUUUAACCACUCUAAUAACCAAUGCUGUUUUCUAAAAUCAGAUGAGUUUCUUACUUCACACAUAUACACUUUUUCUAAGCAUACAAAUUAUAACCUCUAAGUUGGACAAAUCUCCUACUUUCUGCAUACCCUUUAGUGUUUUUGUUCCUUUUCACGGAAACCAUUAGACCAAGAGCUAGUCACUUUACUAUUUGAAUAAUCUUAUGAUGACAUUCUUUCCACAUAAGCUCCAUUUACUUUGGUAGUUUGGGAGCAGGUGUGAAAAUCUUAUCACUAGUCUAAAGUUAAACACUAAGUGCUCUUUUGAUUUAAUUUAAAUAAACCUUCGGAUUGUUAGCUUUUGGGAAAGACAAGUCCAAGAAGUAACGGUGAAGAGUGAUCAUGGAAGCAAAUUAGGUACAAUUAUGGAAAUACAAAUAUUUUUAGGCUGUUUGCCACAUGAACAAAACAUGCAAGUAUAUAUGAAUUAUAUCCUCUUAAAUUACUAUUUAACAUCUAUUAACCCUUUUGCAUGGAAUGUUUAUGAAAAAUCUAUGCAAAUUCUAUUGCAAGAAAAAAAAAAAGUACUCUGUAAUUUGGUUAACCAUCGGUACACCUCCCCUUACGAAUUUGUGAUUUGUGUAGUGAACCGAUUAACCGAAUAGUAUUUAUUAGGAACAUGUCAUAAUUUUGAAAAUAAUCGUUAAUUAACAAAAUAAAAAGUUAUGGGAAAUAGUUUUAUGUUCUAAA